AUGAUCUCAUAUACAAGUACAAACAGAUCGCGUGUCAAAAUUACGGGUCUUUCACCGAACGUGACCGCUUUCGAUUUGUCAAACCAAUUUGAGAUUACAUCUCAACUGAUAAGCAUUCCUAAAUCUCAAACGAAUUCGGCUAAAUGGUAUGCAUGGAUCGAUGGAUUUGAAAACGAAGAACAAGCUGUUGUGUUCGCCUCGGAGUGGAAUGAAGCGUUCAAGCAUGGACGAAUCGGUAUUAGAUGUGAAAUUGAUACCGCUACAGAUACAUCAAAGGUUCAUGAAUCAAGUAUAACAAUAAAGUCCAAUGAUAAAAGAUCACAGUUUACACAUUCGAAUCGAUCUACAUACUAUUAUGAGUCCAAUGAUGAUGAUGAUGAUGAUGCAGCGAAGAAUCGAAAUCGUGAGUAG